AUGUCGCUAUCUUCCUUUAUAUACACUCUAUCAAGUAAACAUGCUUCGAGCCAAACAAGCCAAAUAUCAAUCAGAUCUACCAACCAGAAAGCUCGUUUUCAUAUUAAUCAGAUGGGUUUACUUGCAUUGGCUAUGCCGGCUGAAGAUUAUAUCAGAGGCAAACACUUAGAAAUAGAUGGGUCCUGGGUUAGCAUGGGGUUAUAUGUCUUGCUUGUGUUGUUGGGCUCCGUUGCUAGUUCGGAUAAACUCGACCAAUUUGAAAAGAGAGAUAUACUAGCCUGCCCAAGUAUAAGUCAGACGAUUAAUGACAUGGAAUCGAUUGGCUUCUCAUUUGCUAGUGACCCCUAUAAGUUUGUGAAAAUCACACCCUAUGUUCCUAAAUGUUCACCAACUCCGAUUGCUAGUCCUAAUCAGCCGUCAAUACUAACCCUCGACCUACCACCAACCCGUCCUUAUUAUACGAUAUGUGUGCGCAUGACACACCUCACAUUUAAACUACGCAACUAUACGACGCCACAAAAAGCUAUACUGGCCCUGGCUUCCUUAAGAAAGAUUGCUAGCAUCAAGAUCGCGAAGGCCAUUAUUAUUGUGGAGGAGGGCGGUUCGAACGGUACUCUACUGAAUUUGUGCAUUCUGUCUCGAGUUGUUAACAUGUUGGAUUGUAGGUGCCUUCGAAUUAGCCUUUUAUACAAGCAGCGAAAGACGGAUAUCCGCGAUGCCGAUUUGGCUGCUUCUUUGGCCGAAGCACAGAACACUAUCAAGCAUGCCGGGAAUCUGCUUGGUUGUUGGAUCUACUUUUCGGUUACACAACAAAAUAGACUUGUGCAACUGCUGAAUAGUGGGAUUACUUUGUUACGGCCCAUUAUAACGGUUUAUCUAUUAGAAUCGGAGUAUAAAAGUGUCCAUCUUUUGCCCAGAUUGCCUCUAGAAAACAACUACCACAUUAGCAUUAGGGCAUGGAGUGGGAUAGCUACGAUAGAUUUCACGUUUAUUAACAACCAUGCUCUUAUCUGCCACAAGAUUAGCCUGGGAUGUAUAAAAAGCACCAAAGUUAAACUACUUGGUCUUGAGAAUGCUAUCGAGAAACAUUCGAAGAUUUACUUGGUGGCUAGUUGGCCCGUUUUAUGGUAUAUUAUCAAUAACAAUGGCCCUCAAAUCCGAGUUUAUGGCGUUGCUGGCCUUAAUGUUAGCUCGUCUUCAAUGCAGCAACUUCUGGAUGCAUCUUUAAAAACUGACGACACUCCUAGGCCUCGGAUCAUUGCUACGGUAGGUGUUUCUAAAAUCCUCAAGGAUCUGCCCUGCAAUUCUUUGGACAGCUACAAACGCCGCCAUUCCUCGACCGUCCUUGCCAAGUAUGGCAUCUGUCUCAAUGAAAUCAGAAUGUGCUAUCUAAUGCCAAGACAGGAUUUUGGUGACACUAUCUCCUUUCUUGUCGCCAGCAAGGCUUUAUCGGUGCCAGCAAUAGAUCUUGGCGCUCAAGACAUUAAGUGCUGUGGCAAUGGACUUAGUGAUCCCAGCUGGCAACUCCAAGAGACAGUUAACUUCCGGCUUGAUGACGCUAAGCUAGACUUUUAUUUGCUAUGUUACACAACCCAGGGCCACGGCUGCCUUUGUCAGAAUAUAUGCUACAACGUCAUCAACAUCAUUGGAACAUGCGCUGCCCAUGGCCAACAAAUUGACAAAUGCCUUAAGUUACUGUGUAUGCUGGGAAGCAUCACUGCCCAAAAGCUUAGCAUUAUCAAUAUUCACAAUAGCCCAAACCCCGCUCGUAUUAGACUCAACCUAAACAAUAUAAUGCGGCAAGAUACCAUAGAAGAAUACAAGUGUCAGCUCAAUGUCAAAAUAUUAGUGCUUGAUAAUGUCAAUGUUCGCAUUGUUUAUUGGCUUAUGGGGCGUUAUGUUUUUGCCAGUUCAGUUGAAUUAUACCUUCUGAACCAACACUUUAGCAAUCUUGCCAUCGCCCGGAUUCUAUCUUUGCCUAGAACCCACCAGAUCACGUCGCUUACCCUCAAUAACUUCCUUGAUCUAAAUGAAGUUAAACUCUACCAGAAACAAAACAAGUCUUCGAAAUUCUCACUCUUCAGGUAUAUAGAAGCACUGAGGGAAGGAAACCCCACUCUCCAGGGCCUCAACCUACACAAGCUGUUCCUACAAUUGGGAAAUAUCGACUACGCCCCAUAUACUGAUCUCCUUUAUAGAUUAGCAAGCUAUCAAAUCCAACCUCUAGCUAGCUUGUUCGAAGACUACCUUAGAAACCUGUCAAAUCAGUCCACAACCAGCCCAGAGACCAAGACAGAGUUUGCUCUUUAUAAUAUUGUCUUAUCAAGGUUAGAAAAGGACCUUAUCGAUUGCUAUUCACAAUAUCUGCCCCAGUCAAGCAAACAACCGUCGCCUCUAAUUCCCAAAAGCUCUGUCGAGAAGUUAAUCUUGCGUUUCAAUGACAAUCAGUUCCUGACUGCCACUGAGCUAGUAAAUGUCAUUCGCUGGGUCGGCUAUCGAUUUAAGAACAUACACACAGUGCAUAUAGUAAAUAUUAGAAUGUCAACAAGCGACCGAGAUUUGAUAGUCACACAUCGCUACUUAACUGCUGAUCUGGAGUGGUUUAGUUAUAUUUAUUUAGAAGGUGCCGAUACGAACGAGUCGGAUGGUUCGUGUAUUGAGUUAGUGGUUCGGUUUUAUCCUGUAAGUUUAGAGAUUGAUGAUUUGAAUUCUGCGGCCAUUUCUAUUUCCAUAUCAGCCGACUCACUUGCUCGGUUUAUCUCCUAUCCCAAGGAUCUUGCCGGUAUUAUCACUAAGAAGAUUGGCUCUCUGCAGACGAUCAAAACCCAUCUCGAGAAUAAUGGUGCCGCUCUUAGAUGUCCAGCCUGUCUUCGAGUGAUUUAUAUUCCAUGGACCAUGAUAAAGGCGGAAGAGCAUGUCGCCAAGAAGCCUCGUUUAGAAUUCGACCCCGAUCACAACUUCCGAGAAGCUUGUUAUUUUAAGUGUGGUCAUCCUGUUUGUGCUAUCUGUGUGGCUGAGUUUAAGCUCGACAAUAGAUGUCCAAUCUGCCGAAAAACUGGUGUCUGGCAGGAAGUUCUGCGACUAAUCGCUGUUUCUUUAUCUAACUUCCUCGUGCUCGAGAGAUGUGACAACCCGCCGGCUUCUGAUCCCGCCCAACCUAAAUCUUUGACCUGGAGCAAUGGGUAUGCAUACUUCUAUGCCAGAUACACUACCAUGACUGAACUUUCCAUUGCUGUCGCUAAUGAAAAAGCCAAUGGCUCUUGUGACGCCAUCUACCUUAUUUGA